CUGCUGUGGAGGUGACGAGGUGUUCGGUUAGCUCUCCGCUUUUCUCGAAACAAAAGCGGCUCCUUUCGACUCGGCAGUUCGUAAGCGAGACUCCCGCCGGGAGGAAAGAAGAGAGAAAAAUCGUUCGCUGCCGCGAUCGCCUACUUCUUUUUCUCGCGAUGUCGCGUCGUUUCUAGCGACGAGCAAGGCUAGCCAACCGCGACUUCGGCGGAAGUCGACCGGCCGUAUAUACGCAUCUCUCUCCCUCCGUCGCGCGUUCGCGCGCGCGCGCGCGCGCCCCCGCCCGCCCUCGCGUUGUAUCUCUCGCUCGCUUCGUAACGUUCGACGAAGAGCGACGACAUCGAGCUGUUCUACGAGACGCGACUGUACCAGCUGUGGUGACGCGACACGCUCUCGGGGGGGAGGCGAGUGUAUUAUGCCGUGCUCUGUGUUCUCUCGUUUGUAAUCUUCUGUUCUGUGCAUUCGGGCCGCAAAGCGCGAGGCUAAGUCGGGUUUUUUGCUUUCCUUCGCGCAUCGCGAUCCUCGCCUCUUGUGUGCACCGAUGUUUUCUCCACCGAGGCCCCGUUAACGCCGAGGGAACAAAGGGAGACAGCGAGGGAGGCCAGCAGCGGACGUAGGAGAAAGAGAGAAGACCUGCACACAUACAGUCGUCGUAUCGAUCGAAAGCUGGUCCCACUUGACAUCACGAACUUCUCGGGGAAAUUAGUCUACCUCGGCGGACUUGUUGUUGAUAGCAUGCAAGGACGCAAAGUGCAUUGUUACAAGGCGGCUACAAGGCGAUGAGAAGCCUGAAUGGAGUCAGAGGAAGCCUCAGAGCCCCCUGGGGCUCCCACCAAUGUUCCGUUGACAGAGCAACGCAGCCGGGUCAAUCUUGUCGCUGCACUUAAGCCGAUCUGAACCGCCACCCAUCUCAUCAUUUACACCAGAUCUGCAUUUAGUCGCGGUACUCCGGAGAGAGCGAGAUAGAAGAGAGACAGCUUAUCCGAUCAGAUAUCCGAUCAGAUACGUCCAGACGAGCUGAACAUCCGGAUUGAAACCGAUAUAGUGAAACCCAUGCCAAAGAUCUACUUACGCCAAUCGAUUUACACUAGGGAACCCCGAUAAACUCAAUCGCGAGAAACGGUUUCAUCGCGCCGAGGUAAUAGGAGAAGAGAGAUAUCGGGACGUCGAGAUGGCGGCGCCGGUGAUCGAGAAGAAGCGUUUCUUCUGCCGAGAAUGGGCUUUCACGAAGCUGUCGCACUGCCUGGAGCAGAGACCGCAAUCGAAGACGUGCGGUGCUCUGAUCGUGGGCGGACCGGGAAGCGGGAAGACGGCUCUCUGCGCCGAGUUGGCAUGGCCGUCAAGCGGCGCUUCCGCGAGGCAUCAGCGGUCCCUGAAUCGUCGUCUGCUGGCCCGACACUUCUGUCAGGCUAGAAGCGAGGCUUCUCUGUCGCCCGCUCAAUUUGUGCGGUCUCUGGUGGCCCAGCUGCUUCAGGCGAGCUCGGACGGCUCUCAUCAUCGAGCGUCGUCCACACCCAUCUCGCCGGCGACAUCCGCGAAUGCAGCCGCGACCACGGUCAACACUACGAUGCUCACGGCGACAACGACGGCGACGACGACGACGACAAUGGUGGCGGCGAUGCCUACGACGACGACACCGACGACGACGACGACGAUCGUCGCAACUGCACCGCCUCUCACGUCCAGGGAGGCCAUCGCGGAGGCCUACGCCGAGAAGCUGCGAACCGAUCCGGAUAUACAGGCCGCGUUGCAACCGGACGUCCUGGACCGAGAUCCUGAUGACGCUUUGAAAAAGGCUCUGCUCUUCCCGCUGUUGGAAGUCGAACCGCCAAAGAACUGUCUCUUCUUGCUAGUGGACUCCAUUGACGAGGGCCAGACGUUGAAUCCACCGCAAACUGGCACAAGGGACUCUCGGAGAGAAAAUGAUAAUGUCAGUCGUACAAUAGCUGAAUUGCUGGCUAAUCAUCACCAUCUAUUCCCACAAUGGCUUUUGUUAGUUUGCACCGCUCGACGACAGAGUAAGACUAUAUCGCGUAUGUUCACUGGCUUUCGCAAGAUCUCACUGGACGACCUAAGAAAGUCCCAGGUCGUUAGGGAUGUUCAGCAAUAUAUUCUCGCGCGGCUGGAUCAGGAAGACGCGCUCAGGCAGCACAUCUCGCGUGACACCGCCGAGAUGCUGAACCAGCUGCACAUAAAGAGCAACGGCUGCUUUCUGUACCUGGAGAAAGUUCUCGAUGGUGUGGCGGAGAACUUUAUUGCUGUCAGGAAGCAAUUCAGCAAGGUGCAGCCUCUACUCAACGUCAUACUUGCCGCCAAAUUGCCCAUCACUCAAGAGAUUCUGUACGAGAGCGUGAAGACGGCCUGCGUCGGCAUCACCGUGGAGGACUUCAAUCGCCGGCUCCAUUUGCUGCGACGGGUGAUAUCGGUCUCGCGUGCCGGCGCAUUGAUGCUUUUUCAUCACAGCUUCGCCGAAUGGCUGCUGGACGUGAAGCACUGCACCCAGAAGUAUCUUUGUUCGGCCACUGAGGGCCAUGCCAUGCUGGCGGCCUACUACACUCUACGCGGCUCCGAGCUCAAUCCCGACGAGAUCUGCGUACUGGCGCAACACCUGCAACGUGUUAUAACGAGCAUUCCGGUUAACACCACGUUGGAUGUCUACACUCUUCAAGUACUCUGGAUGAUUGGUAGUAACGCGCCCAUCGAAGGCUGUUAUCUGGAUAGCUCCGAGUGCAUUCUUUGGCCCAGGCAGGACGUUAAACUUCUGAAAUUGCUAAUCGACACUGGUGCUAAGCCCUCUGAAAAAACGAUUGACGAUGACGCUAGCAAAGAUGCUAUUUCUUCUAGUCAGGUUUCGCAAGAUGUGAGCCCCAUUGAUGAAUCUCCGAGUGAACCGCUAACAGAGCUUCUCGGUGAAAGCGGAGAUAUCAAUCAAACAGACUCUUAUGGACGAACGGUGUUACACACUUUAGCCGCCGAUGGCAAUGCAUCUCUUCUAGAAGUGGCGCUUGCAGCCUGUCCUCAGGCAAAAUUGGAAGCGGUCGACCGUAAUGGACAAACACCACUGAACUUGGCCGCCAGGCAUGGUUACUCGGAUGUGGUGCGUGUUCUUUUAGCUGCCGGUGCGAGGGCGGAUCACGCGGACUGUGACGGCUGGACCGCCCUCAGGGCCGCUGCCUGGGGAGGGCAUACUCAGGUGGUCGAGCAACUUCUGAAGCACGGGGCUAUGGUAGAUUGCGCGGAUUGGGAUCAACGAACUGCGUUAAGAGCCGCCGCAUGGGGCGGUCACGAGGAUAUCGUUAAGGCUCUUUUAAAACACGGCGCGGAUGUUAACAGAACAGACGACGAAGGUAGAACUGCUUUAAUCGCUGCGGCAUAUAUGGGUCAUAACGAGAUCGUGGAACAUCUUUUGGAUUUCGGUGCUGAAAUCGAUCACGCGGAUAGCGACGGCAGAACUGCGCUCAGCGUUGCCGCGCUAUGUGUUCCUGCCAAUCAUGGAUACGUAAAGGUAGUCACGAUACUUUUAGAGCGAGGUGCCACCGUGGAUCACGAAGACAAAGACGGCAUGACUCCGCUACUUGUCGCCGCGUUCGAGGGUCAUCGCGACGUUUGCGAUUUGCUUCUGGAAUUCGACGCGGAUAUGGAUCAUUGCGACGUCACUGGGAGAACGCCUUUGUGGGCGGCCGCGAGUAUGGGACACGGAUCGGUCGUCAAGCUCUUACUGUAUUGGGGCUGCUGCGUCGACACUAUAGACAACGAAGGCAGGACCGUUCUCAGCGUGGCCGCUGCCCAGGGCGGCACGGACGUCGUGAAGCAAUUGCUCGCCAGAGGCCUAGACGAGCAACAUAGAGACAAUUCUGGCUGGACCCCACUACACUAUGCGGCGUUCGAGGGUCACGUUGAUGUUUGUGAGGCGUUACUGGAGGCUGGCGCGAAGAUUGACGAGACAGACAAUGAUGGAAAGAGCGCUAUUAUGCUCGCAGCGCAGGAAGGGCACACGUCAUUGGUAGAGCGAUUACUGAAACAACACAACGCGCCUAUAGAUCAGCAUGCCCACGAUGGUAAAACCGCUUUAAGACUCGCGGCUUUGGAAGGACAUUAUGAUACAGUGAAGAUAUUGUUAUCUCAUAAUGCUGACGUUAAUGCGAAAGAUGCCGAUGGAAGAAGCACUCUCUAUAUACUCGCGUUAGAAAAUAGAUUAGCUAUGGCGAGGUUUCUGCUCGAACACGCGAGCGCGGACGUAGAAAGUAGAGAUUCAGAAGGUAGAACGUCAUUACAUGUAAGCGCUUGGCAAGGACACGUGGAGAUGGUAGCGUUGUUGCUAACUGAGGGUGCAGCUAGCGUGAACGCUUGUGACAAUGAAAAUAGAACACCGCUUCAUUCGGCUGCUUGGCAAGGUCACGCAGCGAUCGUCAGAUUGCUCUUGGAACAUAGUGCUACUCCUGAUCACACCUGUAAUCAAGGUGCAACGGCUCUAGGUAUAGCUGCUCAGGAAGGACACGAACACUGUGUUCGGGCGCUUUUGAAUCAUGGAGCUGACCCUAAUCACUCCGAUCAUUGUGGACGUAAUGCCAUUAAAGUAGCCGCUAAAAGCGGUCACGAUACAGUUGUCAGGCUGUUAGAAGAGCAUUCUGCGAAUCAACGCAGUUUGAGGCCUGGUAUCAAUGGAGGUGGUAGCAGUAGUGCUACUUCUGUCACAUCUAAUUCAACGGCUGAAACUAAACCUUCAUCGGCAAUUCUAAACCCUUUAUCGACGCAAUACAGUCCAGCGGAAUCACCAGACUCGACGAAACGACGCAGUUGCGUUUCUUUAGGCAACAAUUCAAGCAACAGCAAAUCAAGCAGUAAUUUAACUGGCAGCACUAAGAGCGAUCAAGGAAAAUUCAAUCAGAACUCGAUGGUUAAUUGUCAGGUAAUUAAAGCACCGUUAUCUUUCACUCAACAACUACAGCAGUGCUCAAGGGGAGCAAAGAGUCGACCACUUAGCAAAUUAUUGUCACCUUUGAAAAGCGAGCCGCAGAGUCCAAUAUACGCCUCACCUCCGCAUUCUCCGUUAAGCGACAGUCUUAUUCCUUACUCACCUACAAAUACGAGUCCACCUAGUGCUCAAACGGCAGUUAACGUGAUACAAAGUCAGCUGGGUGUAUCGUUGCUGGCAGCAAAUCCAAACAUGUCGUACAAAACGCAGAUGGGAUACAAUCAUACGUCCGUCAUCUACGAGCCUAUCAACAUCAAAACUGAGAUUAUUGACAGGAAUAAUAUUAGUAAGCCAUUCGAAUUAACGAACGAAAUGUUAGGCUUGAACAUUGGGAAAGAUAAGGAAAACGGGCAUGAUGAGAAACGAAAUUCGGCUGACACGCAUUUUACACGAGACACUCAUAUGAGAAUAAUUUUGGGAAACAGCGGCGCUGGCGUUGGUAGAAGCGUCAAGCACAUUUCGGAUCACACACCUGGAAGACUUUGCAGAAAUCACAAUGGUCGUAUAAGGAAGACACACCGCUUCAUGAGCGAUAGGCUUUCCUUCCUUUUUCAACCCUCCCGAGCGAAAAAAGAUAGAAUAUGUAGUCAAGGAGGACAUACGACAAUUGCAAGCAAUGUAAAACCAAAGCGUAAUGGUUUGGUGUCCAACCCAGCCAUGAGAUUAGUAGCGGGCGUUAGAAAUGGAAUUGAGAAUGCUACAAAUAGAAAUAAGCCUAUUACAACACGUGUAAAUGGAUUCCAAUGGAAGGCGGAAGCGCGUAAGGAAACUCCCUUGUAGGGACAGGCUGUACCUCAUGGAUUGUCUCGGCGAAGAGCCACGAGCCAAUACCGUGGAUGGCGAUCUGCCGCGAAUAAAAAGCGAAA